UUAACAGACUAGAAGACAAUGCCAUUAUCCAGGGCUGGCUGUGUUUUGGGAGUUGGAAAUCUUGUUAAAUGUGGCCAGGCCAAGGUGGGAAAACAUAAAUUGAGAGAGCCAGACAGUAUCUUUAGCAUAGAACGCUGUCCUUUCCAUCCUAACCCUGCUCAAGACUGACCUUCUCCUUCCUGGCUAGGUAUCACCUUCACGAAUGUUCUUCUGUCAAAAUUUUACUCUUACUCAUUUACCUCUGCCUCACACUCCAGAAACUGACAGGGGCAGCGGCACAGGCUUCUCUCCCAUAAAUGACUCUUCACACCUCUUGUCAUCUAAAUUCUAUGCUGUUAUUGUUGCCUCUAUUAAUCUUCUUAUCUUAUGAAGGAAACAUCAUAGAAGGGCUGGACAUUUUCCUUAAUCUCUACCCUUAAACCUCCCUUCAGACAGGUCCAGUCCUCCUGCCUUCUUUCUUGUACUCUUUUCACCUGAUCUUUAACCACUUCCCUCUGACACACAGGCAAAAAUGUUCUCCACUUGGACCAAUCUUUCUCAGCUCUAGACAUCAACAUUACUUUGUAUCAUUUACUUUCAACCUCCACAACCCUUCCCUGCUCACUGCAAGCUGUUUUCCCUCUAGACCUGCUCUUUCUGUGAGGUUAUGUCCAAACAUUAUUGUUCAUACCAUAGCUCUGUAGAUAACACAACUCAUUCUCUCCUUCCCAUUCCACAGAGUGAGCUGCUGUAUAUCUGGUCAUCUCUCUGAAGAACUCUCUGAUCACAGCAUCUGAUUAUGUACAACACCUUGGUGUAAUUUCUCUUCUCUGAUCAUGUUGCUGACUUGGUCAUGUAGGUUUCUGUUUUAGAACAUCGGGAGGAUCUGAUCAUUAUUAUCUACUCAAGUACCUGUUUAGUCCCUUUGACUGAGUUACUGCAACAUGCUUGUGGGAGGUCUUCAGAUUCCAAACCCCUGCAACUGAUUCAGAAUGCAGCUGCAUCACCCAACUUCUCCCUGACUGCUCUUCCCACUGCAUCUCUCUUUUCUUCUUUAACUUUUUGCAGCUGUACCUAGCUCUCACACUAAUCCUCUAUAACGGGAGUUUUAUCUUCAUUGUAUUUUUAAACCCUGUCCAAUUUGUACUAAAGUGAGGAUAUGGUUUUUCAUCCACUUAUGCUGUAUUUGUUAGUAGAUUAGCUGCCUUUCCCAGCAUGGAUAAUUGCAUAGCUGAAGAUAUUUCCUUAGAUAUCAGAAAGUAAGUUCUGACUUGUGAGGAUAUUAGAUUGAAAGUAUACAAACUGACCCUAUAUUGCAACACAGUAUGAAACAACUGUGUAAAAGUAAUUUUGGUUUAUUCUUUAUGUCUUUCAGGUAUUUUGAUGUUUUGCCUGCAUUUUUGGAUCACAUACCUGGAUCACAAUGGAAUUUGGACCAUCAAAGAAUUUUACCCACACUGAUUUCUAUCUAAUUGGAUUUACCUCUCUAAAAGAAUACCGAAGACUCCUUUUCAUUCCAUUUAGCAUAAUGUUCAUCUUUGCAGUCACCACUAAUAUCGCCCUUGUGUUUGUCAUUACACGACAGAGGACACUUCAUUCUCCAAUGUAUGUGCUGAUUUGUUUCAUAGCAUGCGUGGAUAUAUGUGUGCCAUGCUGUGUUGUCCCACGAUUGUUAUUUAGUUUAGCAUCAGGGAUCAAUGUUUGGCCUCGAGAAUUAUGUCUGAUCCAGAUGUUUAUUGUUCACUAUGCCUGCAGUUUUCAGUCCACAAUCUUGUUUGGCAUGGCUGUAGAUCGCUACUUUGCUAUAUGUAUGCCACUACGGUACAACGAUUUCAUGAGUUUCACUAAUUGUAUGAUCGCUACAGGUAUAAUUAUAAUUCGUAAUACAUUCAUUAUAACAGCCAUGGUUGCUUUAGUUGGAACACUUAGAUUCUGUUCCUCUAAUGUUCUUUAUCACGUUCAUUGUGAACAUCAGCUGGUGGUCACCUUGGCAAACCCUUGUGAAGACACCACAAAGAACUAUUUAGCUGGUCUGAUCAGUUUCUGUGUGCCAACUAUUGACUGCAUUGGCAUUGCAUUUUCCUACAUUACCAUAUUUUUUGUGAUUUUCCGAUCAGCUGCAGGAGAUUCACGCAGCAAAGCCAUCUCCACUUGUACCACCCACUUGAUAGUUAUCUGUAUUACCUACUUCACCUCCAUGGUGGCCUUCUUGGCCUACAGAAUCCAGUCAGGACUUACAUCUGACCUACGUAUCCUUAUCAGUCUCGGAUAUCUACUUGUCCCUGGUAUCUGCAACCCAGUAAUCUAUGGUAUCAGAACUAAAGAAAUACGGGAACAGUUUAUUAAACUUCUUAGACUAAACAAGGUUGAUGCGUUCUGAUCACCAUCACAACAAUGUCUAGAUAUCCUUAUAUUGAAAAAAAUGUGUAUCAUGGAUAGAGUGACAGUUUUAAAGACCUGGGAAAUCAAGAAAUAUAUUGGCAAUCAGUAGCUAAAUAAUUACACAUUGCAAUGAAGGCCAUCAUACAAUGAGUGGAACAGAAUUAUAGAGCAACAUUAUUAAAUUAAUUGUAAUAAUUUCUUUUGCAUCCAGUGGUGAAACUAUUUUAUAUCUGUGACCGAUAGCUUACUUAAAUAAUUUUGGGAUUUGUGUAAAAAAAUUAUGGAUGAUUAAAAACUA